AAGAAAAACCAAAUCAGUUGAAGGUCGAUGGUCACAGUGAUCUGACGUGUUGUAGCUCUUCUCGUCGUUAAAAAAGAUCUUCAAUCGAAAUUAAUUUCACCAUCUUUUACCGAGAUGGACGAUACGAUAAAAGUGCCCAUCACUUUCGAGAAAGUGGAUGACGAUUUGACGUGUGUGAAAUGGACAACAUGGCUGAAUAAGACAACCAGUAUUUGUCAAGCAAGAGAAACUGAGAGAUUCCAGCUGAAUCACGCCCCCUUCGAUGUUUGCUACUUCAACGUCUCGUGUGUGUACAACUUCGUAGUCAAAGACGAUGGCUCACGGCGGUAUUGUUUCGAGAUCUUUUUGACGCAGGUCAAAUCGUUUAAGAUGGCCACCGUGAAUGUUAACGACACUUCACCGGUCUCGCUCAUCGGCCCGCUAGAUUCCCACCGACGACGACCUUACGCUGUUUGGUCUACAAUCAACGGAAAUGCCAUCACGUUGAAGGAAGUAGGCCUACGUCAUGGAUUCUGGAAAUCGAGCAAAACGUAUGCUAGUAUCGCCAAUCUGCAGCCGCCAUUGAUCUCCUGUUUACUCUGGAUCAAGUUCAAGAUGUUCGGUGUCGGUGAGAUCAGCGCCCUGAAUCACAUGGCGGAUCUGUUGGCUCGUCAAACUCAUUCGGAUGUCCAGUUCUGUUUUGGUAACGGCGAGAAAAUCGGCGGGCAUGUGGCCAUCUUGUCAGCCAGGAGCCCCGUCUUUGCCGCAAUGUUCCAGCACGACAUGCAAGAGUCGAAAACGAGAAAAGUCGUCAUCGAAGAUAUUGUACCCGAGAUUUUUAAAGAACUGCUCCACUACAUCUACUCCGGCCGGUGUAGCACUCCGUUGACUGAAGGCACGGCUCAACCGCUGUUCGUGGCCGCCGACAAGUACGACAUCAAAGACUUGAAAGAAGAUUGUGUCCAGUACCUCUUGCCAUGCGUCACCGUGAAAAACGCCGUUGAACUACUGAUUUGGGCCGACCUGCAAUCGAUCGACAAGUUGAAGGAAGCGACUCUGGAUUGCGUCAUCAGCAAUGGAAAAGAAAUUUGCCACCAGGAAGAAUGGGAGAAAUUGAUGAAGAGCUAUCCAGACCUUUGCUUGACUGUAACUCGACGUAUGGUGGAUAUAGCCAAGUUUCCUUCAUCAAAGAGGUCGCGGACUGAGUUUAAGGUUCCUGGUUAACUCAUUACACUCACUUGUUUCGUGAUUGCAUUUUGUUUUGGGAAAAUACAGGCCUUAACGAACGGAA